UUGGUUCUCUGUAAAUAUUUGAUGAUCGUAAAGGGGUUAAGGGUUAAUCUGCUAUCGUAGGGUAGUAGUUAUUUAAAAAAGUUGUUCAUAUAGCUCGUAUACUUUAGACGUUAAGAAUAUAAUUGAUUUUUUUCUGUCUACCUACAUUAUUAAAUCCAUUUUCAUUUUUAUUGUAUUAGAAUCUAUUCUUCAAUAUUUACUUUUAUUAUAUACAUUACGUUUCAAUUCGCUGGAGCACUAUAUUGAGAUCAAAAUGAGGUGUGAAAUGAUAAAAAUUCUGUCUAAACAGAUGUUUCAUAUUUAUCGUACAGUGUUUACUUAUUGUUUAACAAAUCAACAGGAAAAAAAUCAAUCACCCACGGAGAGAAUUGCGUCAAUUGAAAUAGACUUUUUAGGAUAAAGCAUAAUCUGCAUUAAUGAAUAGAUGUUAAUGCGUGAAAAUGAAUUAGAUGAGCUUUUUUUUCUUUAAGAAUUUUUAUUUUGCGCUGUAUUAAUAUUGAAGAAUUAUGUGACAGAUUUGCAACUGAUCUUAUUGCUGAGUGAUAAAUGUAUUUGUGGGAUUUUAUAUUUGCAGUUCUCUCUCGUGUAAAGCUCAAUGAUUGUGUGUAUAUGUUGUUACUGCUAUAUUUACAUUUAAUGACAUUACGCAAUAUUUCAAUAAUAAAUUCAUCUCAAGCUGCUUGUUUAAGGAAAUUCAAUUGAAAUAGAUUACUGAGGGAGAUAAUUGGAAUUAUGGGAUUUGUUCGGACUAACAGUAGCAUAUUGAGAAUUCUUUUUGCAUUCACGCAAGAGUAUUUAUUGAACUUAAAUACAAUUUAAUGGUAAUAUGGGUGAUCUUUUGGAGACUUACCCCUUUUAUAAAUGUUUGAUUAGGAUUUGCUUCUGAAGAGGCUUUUCUUUUCUUUACUGAUACCGAGAUUCUUUUGCUGAAAAUUCUUAUGUGCGCAAAUUAAUUCAAAGUUGUACAUGUGUUCUUCUCAUAAUUCUAAAAUAUAUUGCUGUAUAUUUUAUUUUCAUUUAGUAAGGGUAUAUAUAAGAAUUUUUUUUUCUCUCUACUUUGAUUCUGGACAUAAGCAAAUGUGUGUGAAGAUUCGAGAAUUUUUCUUCCAACAACAUUUCUAUCUCACUUACUUAGUCUCUUCUCUCUUUCAUGCUAUUCAAUUGAGACUUUUUUUUGAGUCUUCUCUAUAGAAAACACUACUUUCAAGCAACCAUUCUCGUCAGUUGCUUCUGAGCUUGGUAUCGUGUUGGAGUGUAUUAUGUUUUAUUAGCACGACAAAAAAAAGAAGUAAAAGGAGAAGAAAAUUGCUCAAGUAUACCUCUAAAUGUGUAAUUGAAUAUAUAGUGAUAAUAUUCUUUUUCUUUUGAAAGUUUUAUUAACAUAGAAACUUCUUUUAUUUUUACACAAAUAGAAUUUUCUCUAAAUUGUUAUCUGAAAUGUUUAAUAAUAAACUGCUUUAAUGUGAAAUUUGAAUAACAAAAAAAAGAAGAAACACAAUUACAGGGACUUUUUGUGAAUAAUGGACUUUAUCUUUUGUAAAAUAUCUGGUUUUAAGUAAAAGUGGUGGUAAAAAUAAGCAAUAGAAAUAGCAAAUAUGAAAUUCUUCUACUUCAAUAUUUCUUCCUAAAAAUUGUGUUAACGUCUUUUCAAACAAGUGACGCAAAUUGCAGAUUUUCUCCAAAACUGUUGGAAAAUUUUACAUUUCACAAUAGGAAUGUCUCCAAUGAACAAUUGGGUGGAAAAUUUGGUUUCUAUGAUGGCGGAGGAAAAUGGAGCUAGAAUUAAACAAGAAGUCGAUACAAAUUCAUGCUGUAGUCCAUCUCCAUCAUCGGGAAACAAUGCACACGGUGUCAACUUCAGAACAUCUCCAAAUUCAACUAUUGAGUACAAAGUGACGGUGCUGGAUCAGGGAAAUUCGUCACCAGAAUCACCCGAUGGCCAGUUCUGUAGCUCCACAACAUCAGCCUUGGGUGAAAUUUCGAGUGAUUCUAUUCAACAGAGUACAAUAAAGGAAGAAUUGCCAAGGAGAAUCUGUCUUGUUUGUGGCGACACAGCGUCUGGUUUUCACUAUGGUGUGGCUAGUUGUGAAGCAUGCAAGGCAUUCUUCAAGCGAACCAUCCAAGGCAAUAUUGAGUACACGUGUCCGGCCAACAAUGUGUGCGAGAUCAACAAGAGGCGUCGUAAAGCGUGUCAGGCUUGUCGCUUCCAGAAAUGCCUGAGAAUGGGGAUGUUGAAGGAGGGUGUGAGGUUGGAUAGAGUACGGGGCGGAAGGCAAAAGUACAGACGCAAUCCACUCAAUAAUCCCUAUCAACUGCAAUUACCUCAUUCGAAUGCCAUUACGUCGGGUGGCACGACCCUCGAGGACAACAAGAUCCUCGAGAUGUUGUCGUCAUUUGAGCCAGAUCCACUCUGUGUGGGUCAUGGUGGAAUUGACCUCAUGAACCGACAAAUGGAUGUGAAAGUCUUCAUGGAUGAUCGCAUGGGAGUCGAUGCUCAGGAAAUGCUUAGUGUUUUAAGUGAUUUGUACGAUAGAGAAUUAGUCAAUGUAAUCAGUUGGGCAAAACAAAUUCCAGGCUUUACAGAUUUACCUCUCAAUGAUCAGAUGAAGUUACUUCAGGGAAGCUGGGCUGAGAUUCUUACACUGCAGCUAGCUCAUCGAUCAGUGCCAUUCAAUGGUAAAUUGUACUUUGCCACAGAUUUCUGGCUGGAUGAAAGAUCAGCAAAGGAAUGUGGAGCUGUGGAAUUGUUCAGUCAUUGUGCCCUUACAAUUCAGCGUGUGGAAAGAAUUGCGGCCAGCAAAGAGGAAUAUUAUUUACUUAAGGCUCUUCUAUUGGCAAAUUGUGAUGUUAAAUUGGACAAUUAUGGGGCUCUGAGGAAAUUCCGGGAGACAAUUUUAAAUGCACUCAAUGAUUGUGUUUAUGUGCUGAGACAUAGUACAGCCGUUUCUCACCAACAACAGUUGCUCCUUCUGUUGCCAUCUCUUAGGCAAGCAGACCCGAUCAUCAGAAAAUUCUGGAGCCAAAUCUAUUGUGAGAGAAAAGUUACAAUGAAUAAAUUAUUUCUGGAGAUGCUGGAACCAGUCUCACGAUAAAACUUAAGGAAUUACUCUCCAGAAAAAUGGCGAGGGAAUGGAGAUUAUCGGGGGGACAAAUUGAACUGGGAUUUUAUUUUAAUACGCAUGGGAUGUGAUCUUAAGAAAAUUUAAGGAAAAAAAAGUUUGAGCAAUAAUUGGACGAUAGGUAAAGAAAAAAUAAAUUGAUUGAGAGCAUUAUUGUGAGAGAAACAUAUAUUAAUUUUAUUGGAAUCUCUUAUUAUUAGAUGCAUUGGUUUUCUAAUUAUUCUUCUAAAAAAAAAACAAUGAAUAAAUUUAAAUCACAGUUGAAACAUUUUACCAGCUUCACAAUUAUUUAAUAGCUUAAGAAACUUAAGAAAACAAAAUAAUUGGUAGAAUCAAGCUUAAAAGUUUUAAAAAAAUGACAAAAUUUCCAAGAAA